UAUCUAACCCCAUGCCGCAGCAGCUUGCCGGCGCCAAUCGAUACGCUAGUUUAGGAGGAAAUAGACCCACUACCAUCGAACAAUACGAACAACUUAUUCAACAGAGACAAAACCUACAGAAUAGUAGAGGACCUUUCGACCAAACAAAUCCAAGGCAUCCUUUAGCUCAGAGGCCAUCAGGGGUCAUUCAGAGACCUUCGUUAGCUGUGUCACAAUCGUCUGUCAUGGGUGGCGGGGCGGCAGCUUCAGGCGAUCCCUCGGGCGAACAAGAAAUACCCGAUAAUGUCACUGCCGAAUUAGAAAAGCUAGAACAAGAAACAGGAACAAUGGCGGAGCUUCAAGGUGUCAGUGAAAUACUUGGAGGGUUGGGCGAUGAUGACGACGAACUUCUUGCUGAAAUGGGCGCAGAUUUCAAUAUUCUGGAAUAUGCCGAUCCUGAACUAGAAGCACUGGCCGGUGAAAAGACAAAUAUUCUUGAUUUAGAUUUAGAGGAAGAUCACUUACGGCAGGAAAGGAAGAAGGAGGCAGCUCUAAGAAAGCAGGCGUCAACAGCCACUGAAACAACUACAACAACCACCACCACUACUUCAACUCCCACUGAAACACCAAAGCCUGCGGAAUCCAUGCCAAUUAACGCACCCCUAAGAGAGGCGGUACCUGCUGAGCAGCUGCGUCGAAUCAGCCUGAAAGCAUUUGCCCACAACAUCCUCAGUACCACAACAUCCUCCAGUGCCACAACAUCCUCAGUGUCAACAUCCUCAGCACAACAACAUCCUCCAGCGCCACAACAUCACUCCAGUGCCACACAUGCCUGCGGCUCAACAGGCGCCACCUAUAGCCAAACCCCAACCGCCCCUUCUUCCCCUAGCGUCCAACAACCGACUCCUCAACAAUCUCAUUUGUCCUUUACAGCGCAACAGAUCCAUCAACAGAUGCUGCAGCAGGUAGGAUCCAAAAUGUCCAAAUACGUAUUGUUGGAUUAA